AAAAGAAAGAGCCUUUGUGGACAGGACUAACACCCACCCACAAGGCCCUGUCGGUGCAGGCAAACCGCUCCUCACUCACUAAAAAUUAUUGUCCAAUGAUACAACUCUGCAACACUAUACAACAACACCCAUCUCACAAGUCACAAGCCAAGCCUGAAAUCCUCUUCCCGUGAUUCUUGUACAAAUAAAUUCUAAACCCCCACUUCUUCCUAUGUCUUCCCUAUAAAGGAAGGAAUACAAAAUUACUUAAUUUCUCAUUCCCAGUGUUCCCACCAACUCAACUCCCCUACCCUUUUAUUUUCUAGUUGUUGUGUCAUUGUAUCAUUCUUGUCAUUUUGUUCCUUAGUUCAUCAUCUUCUCAAAAUAAUGCAACCAUUCUCCUCCUCAACACCUAAAACUCAAUGGCUCUACCACUACCACUACCACUACCACUACCACUCUUCUUUACACUUCUAACAAUAACAACCAUAAAACUAGUAGUAAUAACAGCGGUAACCGCACCACAAAACUCGGCGGCGGCCGAGCCAUUCGUGGGCGUGUGCAUCGGCACGCAAGUCUCGAACAUUCUCUCGCCCGCCGACCUCGUCGAGUUCUUGAAAUCCCAGCAAAUCACGCACAUCCGUCUCUACGAACCAGACACAAACAUCUUAUCGGCACUCAACGGCUCCGGCAUCCACGUCCUUCUCGGCAUCCCCAACAACCAGCUCCUCGCCCUCGGCUCCUCUCCGGCCACCGCCGCUGCCUGGGUCUCCCGCCACGUCCUCCCUUUCCAUCCUUCCACUCCGAUCUCCGCCAUCGCUGUUGGCGACGACGUUCCUUUCACCUUUCCCUCUUCUCUUCCCCUUCUUCUCCCUGCUCUUCUCUCCCUCCACUCUUCUCUUUCCAAUCUCUCCAUCCCUAUCUCUACUCCUCUCUCUUUCUCCUCCAUCAUCGACCCCUUUCCCCCUUCCCAAGCUUUCUUCAACCAAUCCUUGGUCUCUGGUUUCAUCCUCCCUCUCCUUCGCUUCCUCUCCUCCACUUCUUCUCCUCUUAUGCUCAAUCUCUAUCCUUACUACGUCCUCACCCGCGCCCGCGGUGUUAUUCCUCUUGACAACGCGCUCUUUCGCCCUCUCCCUCCUUCCCGUGAGGAGGUCGACCCCAACACCCUGCUCCACUACACUAACGUCCUUGAUGCUAUGCUUGACGCCGCCUACUUCUCUAUGCGCAAUCUCAACUUCACCAACAUUCCUAUUCUCAUCACCGAGACCGGCUGGCCUUCUUUCGGCGAUCGCCACCAAGAACCAUUCGCAUCCAAGGACAAUGCCGAUACGUACAACUCCAAUAUGAUUAAGCACGUCCUUGAUCGCUCCGGCACGCCGUUGCAUCCCGAGAUGACGUCAAGUGUCUACCUUUAUGAGUUGUUCGACGAGGACUUACGGCCGGGACCGGUGUCGGAGCAGCACUGGGGUUUGUUCUACGGGAAUGCCACGCCGGUGUAUUUGCUUCAUGUGACGGGGAGUGGGGGGCUGCUGGCCAACGACACGACGGACAAGACUUACUGCGUGGCGGAGGAGGGAGCUGACCGGAAGAUGCUGCAGGCGGCGCUGGAUUGGGCGUGCGGGCCGGGGAAGGCGAAUUGCAGUGAGAUUCAGCCUGGAGAAUCGUGCUAUGAUCCGAACACUGUAAAGGCGCAUGCUUCCUAUGCGUUUGAUAGCUAUUACCAGAAGGAAGGCAAGGUGGCUGGCUCUUGUUACUUCCAGGGAGUGGCCAUGGUCACCACCACUGAUCCCAGUCAUGGGAAGUGCUUCUUUCCUGGAAGCAAGUUGGUAGUGAAUGUCACCCAGGCAGCAAUGAAUGCAACAACCCAGACAAGCAAUGCAGAGAGAUCUUACAGACAAUGGAGAAGAACAAGAUCAGCAAUUGAUGCAGCUUUGUUAGUAACAGUUGUGGUUUUAUUAACAAGUAUUCCCCACAUUUGGUGACAUCUUAUGAAGAACAUGACACAUGCAAAUGUGAAGCCAGCUCAUCAAAUUUAUUCUAUUUUUUUGGGAUCAAAUUUUGUACCAGCCAAAUUAAAAAUCCUGUGCAUUUUUGUCAUCCCAGAUUGUUUCUGCAAUAAAAUUUUCUUCUCUUGAAUCUA